UACUCAACAACUUACCGAUUGAUUUCCCGAGAACUAGCGCCAUCUAGCGGAAAGAGGUAGAAGUAAGUUGUCGAAUAGUUUGCGCCGUUGUCGUAUAGAUGGCGCUAAGAUAAAAUUUUUUAAGUGCUCAAUGUAAAAAUAAUCAUACAUACAAGCAAUAUGACUAGUACAGAAGAACAUAAAAUAGAAUUUAAGAAAAAGCCCAAAAAGCAACUAAGGAAACGACAUGUAUCAUCUGAUGAAGAUGAUGAAAAUGAGGAAGCAUCAGUCAGAGAAAAAGUGGAGGAGAUGAAAAUUAUACAGAAGCUUCGCGAGCGUCCCAAGGGUGUAAAUGUUGUUGGAUUAGCACUUGGGGAAAAUGUAACACCUGAUGUAAUGACAUCAGAUCCUUUUAAUGUAAAAACUGGAGGAAUGGUAAAUAUGGCUGCAUUAAAAAAUACAAAGCUUAAACAAAACGAUGCUUAUGAAACAGGAAUAGGUACACAAUUCAAUGCAGAAACAAAUAAAAGAGAUGAAGAUGAAGAAAUGGUAAAGUAUAUUGAGGAAGAAUUAUCAAAAAGGAAAAGCAAAAAUGAAGACAAAACAGAAAGUGGAUCUAACAAUGAUAAAGGAUCCUAUUGUUCACCAGAAGAAGCAGCAUUACAAGCAGUACCUGAACAUUUAAGACAAAGUUCUGCACAUAGAAGUGAAGAAAUGCUUUCAAAUCAAAUGUUGUCUGGUAUUCCAGAAGUAGAUCUUGGAAUAGAAGCAAAAAUUCGUAAUAUUGAAGCUACAGAAGAAGCUAAGUUAAAGUUGCUUUGGGAUAGGCACAGAAAGAAGGAUGGCCCUUCACAAUUUGUGCCAACAAAUAUGGCUGUUAAUUUUGUACAACACAACAGAUUUAAUAUAGAAGACACAGAUUUCCAAAAGUCUAAACAAGAUUCUGAUGACAAAAAAAAGGUAGCUGUUCCUCGAGAUGAUUUUAAAGGAAAAAGGAAGGACAAUGGAGAAAAAGCAACCGAUGAUUACCACUACGAACGAUUUAAGAAACAAUUCAGACGAUUCUAA